AUGGCUUUGACUUCUUUUGACAUAACAUGGGCUAAUGUUAUGCAUGUUACUGAGAUGAUCACUAGCUGUGGGGAGUUCUUCAACGUUCCUCUCAUGGGGACGAAAGGGUGUAUCAACUAUAAUCAUGUAUUGGCUAUCCGUCAGUUGGGAUUUGCUUUAAGAGAUGAGCCCAAAGCUCGAGAGAUAGAAGCUUCAGUUUGCUUUGCUAAAAAGGAGAAUCCUGAGUUGUUACAUCUUGGCGGAAAAUCCGUAAGAAGGUUGCAAGCAGAGAAUUACAAAACUCAAGCUAAGAAAGAUGAGAUGGGGAUGCAACUCUACCAGGUUGAUCAAGAGAGGAGACAAUUGAUGCACAAGCUUAAGGAGGCAAAAAGAAGUGUUCCUACAAAGAGACAAAGGCCAGAAAAUUCAAGAGCAUUUGAACACAGAAACAAAGAAAUAAAAGAGCUAAAUAGAGAAUUAUUCAAAGCGCAACAGACGAAUCUCAAAUUGGAAGCGUCCAAAGCAAAGUCAAAAGUUAAGCACAAGAAAGAGUUGAAGAUCCUGGAAAAGAAGUUACAAGAUGAACAAAAGGAAGCUGGUAGAGUCAAAGGUGAAAAGAAGAGACUUGAGUUCAAUCUCAAGGAACGCCAGAAGUACCUUGACAAAGCUCUUGAAGAGAAGAAGAAGCUGAAAGAAGAAAAGGAGAUCCUAGUGAAGAUUGUGAUAGGUACGACCAGUUAUGCAGAGAGUUCCAGUACAUGGAGAGAGAUUGCAAAUUCCAGUUUUCACCUCUACUCAACUCGUGCCAACGAGCAACGAAAGAUGGAACGGAUACAAGCAGACAUGGCAGCAAUGCAAGAGCGAGUUACUGCGCAAAUGCGUCCGUUCAUGGAACUAAUGCAGAAUAUGGCAAUCAGGCAAGAAGAAUUGAGGGCGAUUGUCCUUAGGCCCAUUGAAGGGAAUCCAUUUGGUGAAGACGAUAAUGAGAAUAAUGGGAAUCCUCAUCCCCCCAUCCUCCUCCGUCUCACCCGCCCACACCUCGACAUGAUGGGAAUCCUCCACCUCCUCUGCCGCCUCCUCCUCCUCCGACACCUCCGCAUGUUGGGAAUGUCUGUAUUAGAAUUCCAAUUGAGCAAGUGCUGGCUCAUCCUAGGAGGACCAUGA